UCAAACGUUUGAUGAAAGAGGCUGCAGAACUGAAGGAUCCUACAGAUCAUUAUCAUGCACAGCCUUUGGAGGAUAAUCUUUUUGAAUGGCACUUUACUGUUAGAGGCCCUCCAGAUUCAGAUUUCGAUGGAGGGAUUUAUCAUGGUCGAAUAGUACUGCCACCUGAAUAUCCCAUGAAGCCACCCAGCAUUAUUUUGCUGACGGCCAAUGGCAGGUUUGAAGUGGGGAAGAAAAUUUGUUUAAGCAUCUCAGGGCAUCAUCCUGAAACAUGGCAGCCUUCAUGGAGUAUAAGAACAGCUUUGCUAGCCAUUAUUGGAUUUAUGCCAACCAAAGGUGAAGGAGCAAUAGGAUCUCUAGAUUAUACACCAGAAGAAAGAAGAGCUCUUGCAAAGAAGUCACAAGACUUCUGUUGUGAAAUGUGUGGCACAUCUAUGAAGACAGCCCUCUUACCACUAACAUCUGGAAGCGUAUCAAGCCAGGCAGACAAGGAGGCUAAAGAACUUGCCAGACAAAUUAGCUUCAAGGCAGAAGUCAAUUCAUCCAGGAAGUCUGAUGCUGGACCCUCAGACACGUCAGGAUUGAACCACUCUGUUGCUUUACAUGAGCCCCGGCAGGAUGAUUCAGCUAGAGCAUUCCAGGAUCCAACAAGUGCAACG